CCUCUUCUCCUGCAGCGCGGGACGUAUAUCACGUGAUGUUCGUGCUCUAGGAAGCAGCAGCAGCCACCGCUGGCGGAAGUCGGAUUGUAGUGACGCCACUAUUUCCUCCUGCCCGGACUAAAGAUGGUGUCGGUGAAGGUGUGAAACGGGACUCUGUGCAAAGAUCAUGCAAAUCAAAGGAGCAGCCAUUUGUAUAUUGAGAUUUAGUGAGUGCAUCCGUCGUUCUGAAGAAAGGAAAGCAACAGAUCUGUGACCUGCAGGUAUCAUGGUAAAUAAACUGAUCAUAGGCGAGUCUCUGGUGGUGUUGGGCAUAGUCCUGAGCAUACACACCGUGGUAUGGGACCGCUUCUCGUGGUGCACGUUGGCCCUAGCCAUCCAGGCUUUUUACGUGCAACACAAAUGGGAUCGCCUCCUGCAGUCGGGAGGAGCAGUAUUUCAGUACCGGUCAUCUGCCAACAGCGGGCUCCUUCCCGCCAGCAUGGUUAUCCCACUUUUGGGUAUAGUGAUGAAGGAGAGAUGUAAAAUUUCUGGAAAUGUGUACUUUGAAAGGUUUGGAGUGGUGGUAUCUGCCACAGGCAUGGCGCUUGCCUCCUUCCUGUCCAUCAUUGCCUUGGGUAUCACUAAACCUAUUCCUAAAAAUACCUGUAUCCUCUCUGGCAUUGUCGGUAGCGCCAUACUCUACACCAUGAAAAACUCCCUGGCCGUUUCUGAAGUCAUCGAGGUUCUAGAAGUCCUUCUGAUCUUUGUGUACCUCAGCAUGAUCCUCCUUUACCUGCUUCCGCGCUCCUUCACCCCCGGGGAGGCGUUGCUCAUCCUAGGAGGCCUGAGCUUUGUGCUGAACCAGCUUAUCAAGCGUUCCCUCAGUUCUGCGGGGGGGAAGGGAGACCCGAUUGAUUACCUCCUGCUGGUAACGUUGGUCGCUUUGGUCCUGGUGGGAAUGAUCUUCUCCAUUCUCUUUGUGUUUAUGGACUCCUCCUCGUGGACCUCUUCCUUGUUUUUUUACAUGAUGACCGCUGUUUUGGCACUAGGAGUUUUCAUGCCUUGGCUGCAGUACCUGAUACGCAGACACCCACUUUUGUGGCUGCUGGAGUUCCUGGUGCAGUCCCACAUACGGCUGCGCUUACUGGCCUUUUGGGUGCUGCUUGCACUCGUUGCCUGUGUUGUGGUUCUGUAUCAGAAUUCCAAGAGGUCUCCAGACUCCAAGAAGCUUCAGGUUUCCACAGCAACUCGCAAAUACUUCCAUUUCCUGGCUGUGGCCACCUACAUCCCUGGGCUCAUAUAUGAUCAGCAACUACUGUUUGUGGCAUCUGUCUUUUGUUUGACAGUGUUUGUACUCCUAGAAUACGUACGGUAUUUCUGGAUCAAACCCUUUGGGCAGACUCUACGGAACCUGCUGACUUUGUUUCUGGAUGAACGGGACACUGGUCCCCUUAUUCUAACACACAUCUACCUUCUCCUGGGCAUGUCUCUGCCAGUGUGGCUCUUUCCAAGGGUCUGUGCCACUUCCCUUACAGGCUUAUCCACGUUACUCCCAUAUGCCGGCGUAUUGGCUGUGGGUGUAGGUGACACUAUUGCCUCUGUUUGUGGCAGUGCUAUGGGUGAGCUACGGUGGCCUGGGGCAAAGAAGACCUUUGAGGGGACUAUGAUGUCUAUAUUUGCUCAGAUCAUUGCUGCUGCCCUUAUUGUAAUCUUUGAUAGCACGGUGAACCUUAACAGUGGCUAUAUCUGGAUUCUGUGGUCCAUCACUUUAGUGUCUUUGCUGGAAGCGUUCACUACGCAAAUAGACAAUCUGAUCUUGCCUCUCUACCUCCAUAUACUGCUAAUGGUAUGAGGACCGGACGGUGAAAACAUUGCUCUUUGGCAGAGCAUUGGUACAGCCAUUUUUUGUAAAAAACCUUUAAAUCAACCUUUAGUAUGAUCGACAUUGAUAUUCUAAGACCAUUUGCAGUUGGUUUUCACUUUAUUUUUUGUGUUUUUUCAGUUAUUUAGCCUUUUGUUUAGUAGC